AUGACCGAUUUCUCAAUGAACGAAAUCUUAAGAUCGUUUAGAAAAAUGCGAAUGAAUAAAGGAUCGGGUCAAUGCGGUCACCACCAUCAAUACCAUAACCAUCGCCAUCAGCCACCGCAAAAUAUUCAAGUCUAUCAGCACACCUAUCCCGUGCAACAAUCCAAGGAUUUGAAGAAAAUCAUCAAAAUCAUUAAGAAGAAUCUGAUCAAGGAGAAGAUCACACGGCAAAUGAAAAUUCUUGUCUAA